AUGCCGGAAGGCGGUGGUCGUCCGACGUGUAUGCUGAUUGGAAUGCAGAGAUUUUUGAUGCAAAUCCAUUGGAUCAAAAGUUUCUUCACCGAGAAAUCGGAUCGAGAGCUCCGCGAGCUCGUUGGACAAUCCGCACUUCAUUUGUUAAACGAGGACAUUCAGAAGGAUGCAUUGAAGUACCUGAACGGCUGCACAACAUACACAAAAUCCAAAAUCGAUGAUCUCAUGAAUCUCCGCCCACCAGCAACAAUUCCGGGAAGCUCCGCCCCUAUGGUCCCGCCUGGAUUAUCGAAAGAAGCAAAAUCAGAUGAAGAGAUAAAAGAGGAAGAAGAGGAAAAUGAAAAAAUUAAGGAUGAGCAAUCGGCAAAAAAGCCUACAAAAAUGGGAAAUUUGAAUAAUUGCAAAUCGUGUGCAGGUUAUAGAGAACGAGCGGCAUUAUUGAGAGCUAGUGCGAAGGAAAUGAAGAAUAAGGCUGAGGAAACGGCCAAAGAAUGGGAACAUUAUACGGAAUACAAGAAGGAGUACGAUCGAAAACAGGACAUUAUUCGGGAUCUUGAAGAGUUAGUUUUGCUGAAAAUUUAG